AUGAGAAAAAAACUAGUUUUCUGGGUCAAACACCCGCGGCAUACGGAUGCGGUGAAGGUGCUAAUGCCUUAUGAUGCAGACGUAGCUGAUACAAAAAAGGUUGUGAAAAGCGAACUUGCACCAGCUAUCGACAAGGAGAGUUUGGGGCAGGUACUGCUGUUGAGUACGAGAGCGGGAAGGCUAAGUCCAGAUACGAAGAUUAGAAGGCUGGCAGGCAAAGAGAAAACUUUGAUUGUGUUUGUGGAUAAUGUUGAAUCUCGUCUUUACCUUAAAACGCUUACUGCUGAUCAAGUCCCAAUACAAGUCAACAACCCUCUUUGUCUUAAAUCCAACGAAGCUUAUAUAGCUGUGACAAGGAUACUGACGGGCGAUUAUGCUCAGCAGGAUAUAAAUAUCCUAAAGAAAAGUCUCUGUGAAUCCAGCAUUGAGUCGUGGAGCUCAAGAUAUUCAUAUAAUUUCCGUGAAGGGAAGUAA